CUUGUUGUUUAAACUAGCAUAUUUUCACAAAAUAAUUUAAUCAAAGCAAUGAAAAACUGCCAGAUAUUUUCUUCAUUAUUUUACCCAAACCUGCGAAUCAUUCAUUUUUCCAGUCUCCAAAUUCAAUCCAAGACGGUCUUCAAUUCCUAGGCCAGGCGAACAUUAAUCUGUCAUCUUCUUCAUCGUCGUCAUCAUUAUCGUUUUUUGAUUGAUCAAUUUCCAUCUAUCUUGGUCUUGGUCAAAACACAGAAUACAUAACUUUAACCAGGCCAACAAAUUAGCUAUCAUCUCCGAUUUGUCCCAGCGGAAGGCGAUCAGCCUACGUACGUGCAUGCAUGGCUUCAUGCAUAUACACAACAAUUGAGUUCAUCAUUAAUCAGAUAUAUUGAUUCCUCGCGCAUAUACGUAUGCGCGUUUUGAGGCGGAUCAUGUUGAUAAUUUCUCGUAAGCCCAAAGCUAUGAAUCCUUGAAAAUCCAAGAAGAAGAGAGAAAAUGGGUGAGAAUUUAAUUAGCACAAGGGUAUCGUCUUCGUCUUCCAUGAAACUGGUAGACGAAGCGGUUUCGAGCAAAAAUCCACAAAGCAGCGUCACGUGCGUGUACCAAACUCACAUCGGAGGGUACUGGAGGCACGUGACGGUGUUGUGGAGCAAAAACGUGAUGAGUCAUAGCGUCACGAUAACGGUCGAUAGCAUCGAAAGCGACGAUCACCCCACGUGCAAAAUAGACCUCAAACCUUGGAACUUCUGGGCCAAAAAGGGUUACAAGACGUUCGAGGUGGACGGUAACCAGCUCGAGGCGUACUGGGAUUUCCGAUCCCCGAAAUUCUCAGGGAGCGGGAGCCCAGAGCCAAGCGCGGACUACUACGUGGCAUUGGUGGCGGAGGAAGAGGUGGUGAUGUUGUUGGGUGACCACAAGAAAAAGGCAUACAAGAGAAGCAAAGCCCGGCCGGCGUUGGUGGACGCCGUCCUUUUUUACAAGAAAGAGCACGUCUUCGGGAAGAAGAGCUUCUCGACGAGGGCGAGGUUAGACCAUAAGAUGAACAAAGAAUGUGACAUAGUGGUGGAGAGUUCAACCACGGGGUCCAAAGAUCCUGAGAUGUGGAUAAGCAUAGACGGGAUUGUGUUGGUCCACGUCAAGAAUUUGCAGUGGAAGUUCAGGGGGAAUCAGACGGUGGUGGUUAAUAAGCUGCCGGUCCAGGUUUUCUGGGACGUCCACGAUUGGUUGUUUUCCAAUAACUUGCCAGGCGGCGGCGGCUCCGACCACGGGUUGUUUAUAUUCAAGCCGGAUGGGACGGGGACGGAGGCGGAGACGAGUGACGUGGAUGAGAGCAGUGCCGGCGGCGAUAGCAGCGAGUGCGGCAGUACUGAAAGUAGGUAUUACUCAACGACGCAGAGCCACUCCGGCGGGUCAACGCCGUUUUGCCUUUUUUUGUAUGCUUGGA